UAUAAAAUCAAGCAUCUAGGCAUGCAUACUGCUUCUACAAACAUUUGUGAAAGAAUGGGUCACUCUCGGGAGCUCAGUGAAUUCAAGUGUGGUACUGUAAUAGGUUACCACCUGUGCCAUAAGUCCAUCCGUGAAAUUUUCUUAUACUACUAAAUAUUCCACGGUCAACUGUUAGUGGUUUUAUAACAAAAUGGAAGCAACUGGGAACAACAGAAACUCAGCCACGAAGUGGUAGGCCAUGUAAAAUGACAGUGCGGGGUCAGCGCAUGCUGAAGAGCACAGUGCACAGAAGUCACCAACUGUCUGCAGGAUCAAUAG